GUGAAUGGGGGCGGAGGAAGCAAACUCAUUAGUAUCCUAUAAAAAGAAAGUAUCCGAGAUCAUAAAGUCCCCUGCAACACAACUCACAGCCCAGUUUAAGAGGAAACCUGUCCAGACCCAGACAGAACCAUCAACCUUUUUUUUUCUUCCAUUUAACACGUUUUUACGGCUUUCACUUCUCACCAUUGAUUCAUUUUACGCAUGGACUCAGCCAGGACGCAAACUGAAUUUCCUCACCGCGUCUGAAUUCUGCCCGUUUUCUCCGACUUGUUUGCUUGAAUUCAAGGAUGCUCCGCUCUUGGAAUAGAUGCUGGCUUGCGGUGUUUCUGCUCACCACGCUGCGGACUGUGACGCCUCAAGCGCCGGAGACGCGACCCAAAGCGAACUCCAUCAAGACGGUUCUGACGGAGAGGACGCCGACACCGGCCACGAACCGCUCCGCCACCCUCCACAGUGGGAUCCCAAAGAAAUUCAACAUCCUCGCACAGCAGGUCUACCCCUGCAGCAGUGACAAGGAGUGCAGCGUGGGAAGUUACUGCCACAGCCCCCAGCAGGCGCCGUCCCGCUGCCUCACCUGCCGCCGGAGGAAGAGACGCUGCCACAGAGAUGCCAUGUGCUGCCCUGGAAACCGAUGCAGCAACUACAUUUGCGUGGCUGUCUCCGAGAGCGUGCUGUCACCUCACCUCUCGGCGCUGGACGAACACAACAAACUCUCCAACAAGGAUCACAACUGGAAGAAAAGCGGCAAGUCGCAGGCCAAACACUCUCUCAAAGGUCACGAGGGCGACCCCUGCUUACGCUCAUCCGACUGCUCGGACGGCUACUGCUGCGCUCGCCACUUCUGGACCAAAAUCUGCAAGCCGGUGCUGCGGCAGGGAGAAGUGUGCACCAAACAAAGGAAGAAAGGCUCUCACGGCCUGGAGAUCUUCCAGCGCUGCGACUGUGCCAAAGGUCUCUCCUGCAAGGUGUGGAAAGAUGCCACCUCCUCGUCCAAGUCCAGGCUCCACAUGUGCCAGAAGAUCUGAGGGCGGCUUGAUGUCGGCGUCAUGGCCACCCUCUCUUUCUCUCGCUCUUCCAUUCGCUUUCUCUCUCUCGCCAUAUGCGAGGGAACUUUUUUCGAAAGUCGUGGCUGUAUUUGAAAGAACAAGAAAUCAGAGACAGAGCAGACUAUUUAGGAGAGUAAAUGGGAAUGUGUUUGCUGGGAAUGGUCCACCCAUGUCCAACACAAGUAACACGUCGAUGAGCACUUGUGAGUCAGUUGACCUUUUUUUUUUUUUUUUUUAAACACAUGCUGUGAUGCAGUCCGUUUUGUGGGAGAAAUAAUGUAUUUUUGCUACGUUCAAAAGACAAACAAAUAGUGUGUUUACAUUAGUGUAAAUCCAUGUUGGGUCAAGAGUGAUGAAAGUACGAGCUCUGUUAUUGUGUGAUAUGAGUGACACAGGAAGUUACGGUACUCGGUGCGUUGGGAAUUGGGAUAUGAGCAGUAGAUCAUUUCAACCCAUGGUCAGGCUGAGAAGAAGUGAAAGCAAUGCAAGCGCACAGUAGCUUCAGCUGGUUUUCUGCCUCAUUUUUGUACUAGCCAAAUUAAUAUUCAGACAGUUAGAAUUCGUGAGAACAGCCAGAUAUCUUCAAGUGGCAGAAUCUUCAUGAAAACACUCCUCUCCAGCGAUGGUCUGGAAUACACGCUAUGAUGAUGAUUUUCACAUGUGGCUUCUCAGUCAACAACCUGAGAACAGAGAUCAACGCUUGGCUCCAUUUUUAAAACCGAUCUGUCGGACACACCCUCAGCCUAAUGUUCCAUGGCAGGGUGAAGUUAACACUCACUGGUUCUGAUACUAGAAAAAACAUUUCCAAUCAUAAGGUCCUAGUUUUCCCAUCUACAUCGCCAGCCGGAACACAAACCAGAGAGAAGUGAUUUCAGUUACGGGAAAACUCUGUAAACCUGGCCGACAUCGGUGAAGGUGCUUCUACUUUACCAAUUAUGCCCUGGUACUUUACAGCUCAUGAAAUAUUGUGCGAAGAGUGAGCGAAAAAAAAAAAAAAAGCCAUAGCUGCCAGUACCUUUAUUCUGUACUCUUUCUAAAUAAAUAAAAAGAAUCUAUAUAUAUCAAUAAGCUCUUGUUUUGUAAAUAGAUUGGAAAAUGUAUUUAAGAAUCAAUGUAUAUCAUGUACAUAAAAUAAAAACUAUGAGUUCUAUACAACCAAAUCAACUGAUAGAGGACAGAAAUGUAAGGAUAGAAGCUCAUUUGGAUAUUUGCAUUAUAUUUUAGUGUCGUGAGAGGAGAUAUAGAACUUAGGGUGAAGCAUCAUAAACUGUUAAUUAUUUUGUGUGUCUCGAGGAAGGACAAGCACAGUGAUCUCAAGAGCAGUGA